UUCAGCCUUCCUCCCUCCUUAGCAAACAACGGCCAAUUGGGCAGCGCCCACAGCAAAGCGAAGCAAAGGAAAGGAAAGAAGAAAAACUUUCACAAUUCCACCAUCCAAUUCAGCGUCCAACUCGCAAUCCUGUGAUCGAAUGCUCACAAUUCCCCCCUCACUUCCAUUAGGUUAUCUGUCGAUUCCUGUGUUUUGCUGUUGCAGCAAUUGCUACGACGAUCGCCGUGAGGUGUUGUGCUCAUUCUGGCUCGUCGUCCUGUGCUUGUGAGUGAAAGGGCCCUUUGAGGUUAUAGCGCGGAGGAGAGAGCGUGUGAGCGCAGCGAUGCAAGUUUUGUGCUGUAAGCCUGGCUAUGGAGGACUUCCCGACACUGUGCUUCGGGGUCUUGUGGCGAAGAAGUCAUCGGCGGGACUGAUAAGUAGACAUGUCUGGAAGGAAGGGAGCAAUUCGAAUUGGACUCAGUGGCGAUAUACAUAUGUUCAGAGUGUACAGCACCGAGGGACGGGCAUUUGCAGAGCUGGUCUUGAGGAUGAUGCGCCCUUUGCUUUAGCUAUUGCGGCUUCUGUGUUAAGCACUCUCGUUCUUCCCCCGGAUUCUCCAAGUGAGAAGGGAAGCGAAAGUCUUUCCCCUCUCGGAGGAGAUGAUGUUCGAUACGCAGCAAUGGGCAUAAUAAGCUUCAUUCCUUUGUUUAACUGGCUGGCAUGGGUGUUUGCAUGGCUAGAUACUAGAAAACAACGUUAUCUCAUUUAUGCUAUUGUAUAUAUCGCUCCUUAUUUGAGAUCAGGACUCUCACUUUCACCUGAAGAGAGCUGGCUCCCUAUUGCGAGUGUACUUGCCUGCAUUCUCCAUGUUCAGCUUGACAUUUCGGCCAGUAGUGAAGGGCUUGAAGACCUGGGCAUUUCCAAAGCUCUGUUCACACGCGAUCAAGUGAAGCAGAUUAAGGAGCGCGCUGACACCCUGCUGCUGCGGUUGCAACAAUUGGCUGAAAGAUCUGUUGCUGAGUCAUCUUCUUCUAUUGCUUCUAAAGCAACUGGAGAAGUAGAAGAAUCGAUCUCGGCAGAGGAUAUUAGCCGAGUGGAGAUGAAACUAUGGGAUGAGAAAUUUUCACAAUCAGUCGCCAAGGAUAGCAGCGAAGCAACUAGAGAUGAUGAUUCGUAGCUACUCAUCAGCGUUAAGAAUAUAGGCUGUAAAUUUAUCAUGCUAGGACUAUAUGAUGCUACUGCCCUUGCGUUGAGUGAUAUUCACUGCAUAACAUCCCAAUAUCAUCCAUAUCUUCUAUGUUGUGAAGAAUGUAAUUUGUAUAUCAAAUGAGCUUAAUAUGUCCCAAUUCACAGAUA